GACCGCAUCGACUGGCUGACCCAUUUGUCGAGCCAAACACUACCAGUCUGACAGUCGGCCAGUCCAUAAGUCAGUCUGAUGAAAAACACGGAAGAAAACUGAGGACCGAAGGACUAUUAAGCGCUGGAUUAACUGUUUCCUUAAGCAGGGAGGGACACACGGUGAGAGAGGCAGGAUGGGCUGUAUGAAGUCCACGCUGAGCGAAGGUCUGAGUGGAGUUAUGGAGGGGAAGAUCAGACGGCAGACUGUACGUACCGAGCAAACGCACUAUGUCAGAGACCCCACCUCCAAUACAAAAAACAACAUAAGUAAUUCCCUGCUACCUGGUCAGUUGUUCCAAAAGAUGGAAGAGCAAAGGGGGGAUGGCAAAAUAGUGGUCGGCCUUUACCCGUACGAGGCCGGGCACCCGGAUGACUUAGGGUUCAAGAAAGGAGAAAAGAUGAAAGUCUUAGAGGAACGUGGUGAGUGGUGGAAAGCAAAGUCACUGACAACCAACAAAGAAGGAUUCAUCCCGUCUAAUUACGUCGCCCAAGCUGACACCAUGGAAACAGAAGAGUGGUUUUUCAAGGACAUCACAAGAAAGGAUGCAGAGAGACAGCUAUUGGCUCCAGCAAACAAACCAGGCUCUUAUCUUAUCAGGGAAAGUGAAACAUCAAAAGGAAGUUUGUCACUGUCAAUCAGAGACAUGGAUGCCUACGGGACAGAUUCAGUCAAACACUAUAAGAUAAGGAUUCUGGAUAAUGGCGGCUACUACAUCUCUCCUAAAAUCUCAUUCCCUGACAUUGGCAGCAUGAUCAAACACUACCACAACAAAGCGGAUGGCCUGUGUCGUAAACUGGACAGCGCAUGUGUAAAACCCAAAGCUGAGAAACCAUGGGAUAAAGAUGCCUGGGAGAUUUCCAAAGAGUCUAUUAAGAUGGUGAAGAAACUAGGAGCAGGGCAGUUUGGAGAAGUCUGGAUGGCCUACUACAACAACACAACCAAAGUAGCGGUGAAGACUCUGAAGCAAGGCACCAUGACCGCUCAAGCCUUCAUGGAGGAGGCCAAUGUCAUGAAGACCCUGCAGCACGACAGGCUGGUGCGGCUCUACGCCGUCGUCACCAGGACGGAACCCAUCUAUAUCAUCACUGAAUUUAUGGCAAAUGGCAGCCUACUAGACUUCUUAAAGAGCGACGAUGGGUGCAAACUGCAGCUACCCAAGCUCAUCGAUUUCUCAGCGCAGAUAGCAGAGGGCAUGGCAUACAUAGAGAAGAAGAAUUACAUCCACAGAGACCUGAGAGCAGCUAAUGUCCUGGUGUCAGAGAGCCUGCUCUGUAAAAUAGCUGAUUUUGGACUGGCAAGAGUCAUAGAGGAUGACGAGUACACAGCCAGAGAGGGAGCUAAAUUCCCCAUAAAGUGGACUGCUCCAGAGGCCAUUAACUACGGCUCCUUCACCAUCAAGUCAGACAUGUGGUCCUUCGGGGUUCUGCUCUACGAGAUUAUCACCUUCGGGAAAAUUCCUUACCCAGGUAUGACUAAAGGAGAGGUGAUGUCCUCGGUGCAGCGUGGCUACAGGAUGUCCCAGCCUGACAACUGUCCUGGCGAGCUCUACAACAUCAUGAUGUGCUGCUGGAAAAAUAAACCUGAAGACAGGCCCACCUUUGAUUACGUACAGAGCGUCCUGGAUGACUUCUACACCGCCACAGAGGGACAGUACCAGCAACAGCCAUAGAGACAGAAAGAGCCAGAGACACACCCCCAGGAAGACUUUGACAGAUAACUCUGGGUUAUGU